GCGUCUAUUGACUGAUAAAACGAAGAUGUUCUCACCUGGGACCAUCGUAAGUACGACAAGAGUGAUGGCGUCCUGUUUGUUAGUAGAGCUAACUGAUUCAUUGAACACAACACGAUGUAUCUACUCUUCGCCAUCCCUCCUCCUAGCAAUCCCCUACAGCCGCUACAGAGCUCAAAAUGGCAGCUUUUCCCGCCUUGAAUUUGCAUUAUCUACUGCACACAACUCCCAAACCCUCAAACGUCAAAACCCCAAGAAGGCUCUCUAUCAGAUGCAGUGACGACAAUCCCUACGGAAAGUGGAGGGGUAUAAUCCCCGGAGAUGGAAUGGCGUAUAAUUCAGAAUGUGGCGUGUUGUUCCCUGAGAAUGCAUAUCGCAUCAGUAAUACUUUCGUCCCACCUCCUCGGCCUCGCAGAAUAAUUCUUGUGAGGCACGGGCAGAGCGAAGGCAAUGUGGAUGAGAGCGCGUAUACUCGAAUCCCUGAUUCAAAAAUAGCUUUAACGGAGCAAGGGUGGCAUGAAGCCGUAGAGACCGGGAACAGGAUUCGAGAAUUGGUAGAAAGGGAUGGUGCUGACGAUUGGCAGGUAUAUUUUUAUGCGUCGCCCUACAAGCGCACUCUUCAGUCUCUCAGAGGAAUUGGCAUGGCAUUUGAGCGCCAAAGAAUUGCAGGGGUCAGGGAGGAGCCCAGGUUACGAGAACAGGAUUUUGGAAAUUUUCAAGAUAGGGAGAAAAUGCGUAUCGAAAAAGCUGCACGUCUCCGUUUUGGACGCUUCUUUUAUCGUUUUCCUAAUGGAGAAUCUGCUGCAGAUGUGUAUGACCGAAUAACAGGUUUUAGAGAGACACUUAGAGCAGAUAUUGACAUUGGUCGUUUUCAACCCCCUGGAGCAAGGUCAAAAUUUAUGAACUUGGUUCUGGUAUCUCAUGGGCUCACUUUACGUGUCUUUCUUAUGAGGUGGUACAAGUGGACUGUCGAACAAUUUGAGCGCCUUCAUAAUUUUGGAAAUGCUGGCAUGCUUGUGAUGCAGACUGGUUCAGGUGGAAGGUAUAGCCUUCUAGUUCAUCACAGUCCUGAAGAACUUAAAGCAUUUGGUAUGACAGAUGAAAUGUUGGUUGACCAAAGCUGGCAAAAAACUGCACGGCCUGGUGAACUAAACUAUGACUGGAUGACAUCAGGACCCUCUUUUUUUACUCAUUUUGAUGAAAAUUGUUGUGGAGGGGACUCUUGCCGAGUACCUCCUGAUAUUUCUCAGGUUCAUACAGAUCACAGCAGCAGCAAUCCAGAGCAGCAACAAUUUGGCCCAAAUAAACACAUGUUCAAUAAUUCUGAAAAAUUAACGUAGUCAUAAUGACAAAAAUAUCUGAUUGAGACCAUGAAAACAUACCAGUGCCGAAUCUGUACAGGAAAAAGGUGACAGUGAUAAAGCUCCAUUGUUAGGUUUUUUGUGCGCUAUCUAAUUAAUCGGGGGCAUUUAUACUAUAUUGCCCUGUAUGAACCUCGCAAGUUUUAUCCUAAUGCAGCUUAUCAAAAUCAGUGAUUAUAAAGAAAGCCAAAAAUCAAUCAAGGGUGUUCUUGGUCUUUUAAUAUUUUUCCAUUGAAGCUGGUGAAUGGCAUUUAACAAUUUCCUAAGGUGACCAACCAGAGAGCCGAGUCAAUUGAAACCAUUUCUGAUCCUACAAUAUUUUCUCAAGGUAGGCACUAUAGACACCUUGAAGAUAUGCUUAAGUUUGAAAUUGUUAGCACUUCAUGCAAAAUAGUUUAGUUGGCUUUAGUUCAGUUUUUUAAUGUUAAUUUAAUUUAACUCAGCAAUUGCUUGUAUCGCUUAACUAGUCUAUACAAAAAUUUGACCAAUCUUUGCAAAGCCAAAUUGGAACAGUUGAGUAAAUGUAAAUUUUUGUAUAAGCUCUGUCUCAUUUGAUGAUAUUCUACAGUUAUAAAGUAACAGGAAUACUGUUGAGGUCCAAUUGAAGCUA